AUGCCGAAGACACCAAAAACGCCAACACCGACCGUGUCGCCGAAGACCCCUUACCAAAGGCCUAGAAUUUCAAGAGGGGAUUCUCUAUUGGAUACUUCGAAACUCCCGCCCAUCGGGACUCGUCUAAGCCAGGGGCUGCCACCAGGAUGGGGCAAGAGAUACAAACGAAACAUCGUGACCCUUGUAACGAAGUACGACCAGGAGGCCAACCUCAACGUAACACCCGAAAAACUCGUAGUGAGGCGUGCCCUCGUGGCAUUAAGCCACCAAGAUGCGUACAAGUGGUCUGUUAACAACCCCCCAACGGAGGAUCUGAAAUAUUUCUGGACGGACGAGGACUCGGGCCGUAUUUUGGAAGGCGUUGUUUUCAAAAACGUGCAUGAGGAGUACCAAGCCCUGCUGGAGAAGGUGCAUCAAGAGAGGAGUAGGAUUGCCGAGGACGUGGAUGCUACGAUCAGCCCCUCCCGCACACUCGCCCUGCUCGAGAAGAAGUUCCGGAAGAUAACACAUGAUAGUCAGUAG